UUUGAAGUUGCGGGGUUGCCAGUUUUGCAACCUUAACGUCUUGCCUCUCGUUAACGUGAGCGCUAUGGAUGGAUGGACGGAGGGUCGGGUCCAGGAGUGCCGCUGGGCAGAUUUGUGAAGUUUUCCGACAUUAACCGAGGCAGGUGAUAAAAGGACUAAGCCAGCUGCUCUAUCCCAGCUUAAAGAAGACCCAGGAUAGAAACUGAGAGAGAAACACUGAGUUGGAGGGGGAUUCACCACUACCAAGGGAAAAUCAGAAUGAAAGUGCCUCUAUACCACUGACAAGAAGAACUGGAAUGAUAUCUUGAUCUUUUUUCCUGGAAGUGACCAAGUUAGCGAUGAGCGGGGGGAUAUAAUGGCCAAGAACAAGGAUGCCCGCCCCCCAACAUUCGCCGUCAGUGUGGUUGGCCUCUCGGGGACGGAGAAAGAGAAGGGAAAUUGUGGCGUGGGCAAGUCCUGCCUAUGCAAUCGGUAUGUGCGUCCUGAUGCGGACAGCUACUACUCUGAGCACACCUCAGUGCUGAGCACAAUAGACUUUGGUGGACGUGUGGUUAACAAUGACCACUUUCUUUACUGGGGGGAGGUGUCCCAUCGAGGGGACGAUGGGUUGGACUGUAAAAUCCAAGUCAUUGAGCAAACAGAGUUCAUUGAUGACCAGACGUUUCUUCCGCAUCGGAGUACUAACCUGCAGCCGUAUACCAAACGAGCGGCAGCAACCAAGCUCCAGUCAGCAGAGAAGCUUAUGUACAUCUGCACGGACCAGCUGGGCUUGGAGCAGGACUUUGACCAGAAGCAGAUGCCCGAUGGGAAGCUGAACAUCGACGGCUUUGUGCUGUGCAUCGAUGUUAGCAAGGGUUGCAAUAGGAAGUUUGAUGACCAAAUGAAGUUUGUCAACAGCCUUUAUUCCCAAAUUGUUAAAUCAAAGAAGCCUAUCAUCGUUGCUGCCACAAAAUGUGAUGAGUGUGUGGACCAGCACCAGAGGGACCUGCAGGCCUUUGUUGCCAGCAAGAAGAACCUGCUGCUAAUUGAGACAUCAGCACGCUCCAACGUCAACGUGGAGCUCUGCUUCAAUACCCUCCUCCAGCAGCUAGAUAAAACAAGGGGGAAACCAAAAACUGUGCCAUAUCUGGAGGCCUAUAAAAUCCAACGGCAGCUUGUUACCUCAGUAACAGAUAGAUUUGACAAAUUGAUGGUGCACACAGUGAGAGAUUACCAUACCACGUGGAAAACAGUGAUGAACAAUAUGAAGGGCCAACCUGACUAUGAUGACUUCAUCACCUUGGAGGGCUCCAGGAAAGCACGCAACAUGUUCACAAAGCACAUUGCACAACUGAAACAGGAGCACAUUAAAAGGAGGAGGGAAGAGUACCUGACAACACUACCAAAAACCCUUAAUAACCUCCUCAGUAACCUGGAGGAGGUUGAACACCUCACAUGGCCUGAGGCACAAAGUGUGAUCCGGAACCGGCCUGAUUUCCAGUACUGGUUUGUGGUUCUAGAACAUACGCCAUGGGAUGAGACGGACCACAUCAACAACAGUGACCGCAGGAUACCCUUUGACCUCCUUGAUACACCUGAUGGUGAGAGAAUCUACCGUAACCACGUCCAGCACCUGCUGUCAGAGAAGAGAAGGGUAGAGAUGAAAGAGAGGUUCAAGAAGACACUGGACAGGGUUCAUUUUAUCAGUCCAGGGCAGCCAUGGGAGGAAGUCAUGUGCUUUGUUAUGGAGGACGAGGCCUACAAAUACAUCACAGAAUCAGAUAGGAGGGAUGUUUACUGUAGACACCAGCAGGAAAUAGUUGAACGGGCCAAAGAGGAUUUUCAGGAAAUGCUUUUUGAGCACGCUGAGCUGUUCUAUGACUUGGAUCUGAACGCCACCCCCAGCGGCGACAAGAUGAGCGAAAUUCACAGUGUCCUGAAUGAGGAGCCCAGAUACAGAGCGCUGCAGAAACUUGCCCCAGAUAGAGAGUCGCUCCUACUCAAACACAUUGGGUUUGUUUACCAUCCCACUAAGGAGACCUGCCUGAGUGGGCAGAACUGUGUUGAUCUGAAAGUGGAGCAGGUUUUAGCAAACAGGCUGGUACAGCUCGACCAUGGACGCUCUAAUCUCUACUAUAACAGUGCCAACAUUGAUAAGAUCAACCUCUGCCUCCUGGGAAGGGAGGGUCUCUCACAGGAAUUAGCCAAUGAGAUCCGAGCUCAGUCCACAGAUGACGAGUACACCCUUGAUGGUAAAAUUUACGAACUGGAGCUUCUUCCCGUGGAUGUCAACUCUACGCUGCUCUUCAGCCAUACGUGGGUCACCACUUUCAAGCCACAUGGCUGCUUUUGUGUAUUCAACUCCAUAGAGUCUCUCAACUGUAUUGGAGAUUGCAUAGGCAGGAUCAGAGCAGAGAUAGCACAAAGUAGGAGAGAGAGAUUUGCUCAGCCGCUACCAUUCAUUCUCAUCCUGGCAAAUCAGAGGGACAGUGUUUGUAAAAAUAUACCUAUCCUGAGGCACCAGGGCCAACAGUUGGCAAAUAAGUUGCAGUGCACCUUUGUGGACAUCCCGUCUGGGGCCUUUCCACGUAAAUUCACUGAGUUCCAAAUUAAGCAGGGUCUCCGAGCAGUGCUGGAGGGGCUAAAGCAUAACUUUGAUGUCCUGGCCCCUCUGCCCUCUAUCAAAGACAUGUCAGAGACGGACCUUAGGAUAGUCAUGUGUGCUAUGUGCUGGGAUCCUUUCAGUGUUGACCUCAUCCUCUCGCCUUUCCUGGACUCACAUUGCUGUAGUGCAGGGCAGCCAGGCCAGAGCAACACACUGAUACUGGACAAGAUCAUUGGUGACAGCAGGAGGAGGAUCCAGGUCACUGUCCUCUCCUAUCACUCUGCUAUCGGUGUCCGCAAAGAUGAACUGGUGCACGGCUACAUUUUGGUGUAUUCUGCCAAACGCAAGGCUUCCAUGGCGACCCUGCGGGCAUUCUUGGCUGAAGUCCAGGAUGUAAUCCCUGUCCAGAUGGUGGCGAUCACAGACAGCCAGGCAGACUUCUUCGAGAAUGACGCCAUCAAGGAGUUGAUGACGGAGGGGGAGCACAUUGCCACAGAGAUUGCUGCCAAGUUUACAGCACUCUACUCACUGUCACAGUAUCAUCGGCAGACAGAGGUUUUUACACCCUUCUUCAAUGAAGUGCUAGAGAAGAAGCCGAGCAUUGAGAGUUCUUUCCUGUUUGACAGCUCAUCACGUGAGUGCACCACUGGUGCAAGUGAAGAUGUCUUCCCCACCUCACCACAUAGCCAUUCCCCAGCCUACAACACCUAUUACCCAGAAUCUGAUGAUGAUAAUGAAGCCCCCCCACCUUACAGUCCAAUAGGUGAUGACGUUCAGCUUCUCCCCACACCCAGUGAGCGGGCCAAGUACCGGAUCGACCUAGAGGGAAAUGAGUAUCCAGUCCAUAGCACGCCUGUGGGAGACCAUGAACGCAACCACAAAGUGCCUCCGCCCGUCCGGCCCAAACCAGUGCUCCCCAAGCCUAACGUCAAAAAGCUGGACCCUAACCUACUCAAAACCAUUGAGGCUGGCAUGCGAAGUAAUCGUAGAGUGCCGCGUGGCCCAAUGACACACACUGAGGAUGUAGAGGCAUCAGACAACUAUGCAGACCCAGUGGACACCUUGCUAAGGUCCAGGGGUUUCCACAAUGAUGACAUAUAUGCUGUGCCCGAUGACACACACAGCCGUCUGGUCAAAAUAAGAAACUCUUUUGGCGGGUUACAUGGUCUCCAUGGAGGAGGAGAGGAAGAGAAUGGAUUCGACCGGAAGUCUCAGGCUGGACGCCGGCCGUCAAAAUACAAACAUCGUUCUAAAAUCCUGUUUAGCAAGACAAAGGCCUACCAAAGAAGAUUUCACUCUGACAGCGACGGGGAGGAGUCUGGCCCUGCCACGCAGAAAAAGAAAAAGGGAAGAGCCCACCGGGGAAGCGAGGAGGACCCACUGCUCUCCCCUGCCGACCCCUGGAAGGGUGGGAUAGAUAACCCCGCUAUCACCUCCGACCCUGAGCAGGAGGACAAGAAGAUGAAGAAGAAGAAGACGCCCAAAACACCAAAGGAACCAAAGAAGCCGAAAUCCUCCAAGCCCCCCAAGCCUCUGUACCCCCCCACCCGGAGAACCUGGGAGAGCAACUACUUUGGCGUUCCCCUGCAGAACCUGGUGACCCUGGAGCGACCUAUCCCACUCUUCAUCGAGAAAUGUGUCGACUACAUCGAGCGCACAGGUCUGACGACAGAAGGCCUGUAUCGCGUCAGUGGGAACAAGACGGACCAGGACAACAUCCAGAAACAGUUUGAUCAAGAUCACAGUAUCGACUUUGUGGCUAUGGACGUGGCGGUGAAUGCCGCUGCCGGAGCUCUGAAGGCUUUUUUUGCCGACCUGCCCGACCCGCUGAUCCCCUACAGCCUGCACCCAGAGCUGGUGGAGGCCGCAAAAAUCGUGGACUACAUGGAGCGUCUGCAGGUCCUCAGAGAAAUCGUGAAGAAGUUUCCCCCUGUCAACUACCAGGUCUUCAAAUACAUCAUCACACAUCUCAACAGGGUGAGCCAGCACAGCAAGACCACACUCAUGACGGCCGACAACCUGUCCAUCUGCUUCUGGCCCACGCUGAUGCGGCCUGACUUCGAGAACAAGGACACGCUGUCCACCACCAAGCUGAACCAGGCCGUCAUCGAGUCCUUCAUCGUGCAGAGCGACUACUUCUUCCACGGCGGCGAGGUGGCCGAAAGCUCCAGCAGCGAGGGCACGCCGCCGCCGCACUGCCACAACAUGGUGGAGGCCCUGCUGCCGCUGCAGCUGCCCCCGCCCCUGCAGCCGCAGCAGAUCCAACACACCCUGCCCCCCGACCCGCUGAUAUAGGAGCCGGAGAAGCAGGCUGGGAAAUGGAGUCAGGGCGUAUUUGUCUGUGCUGCCAGCCGCUUCCGGCCAACAGUCACCUGGAGGUCGUCUUCUGCUCUACAAAACGCUGGUCGGCUGUUAAAAUUUAAGAAAACAAAAACCUGGUUGGUGAGUUUUUUUUGUUUUGUUUUGUUUUUUUUAGGGAGUCAGCCGCUGCCGUUUGUCAUCGACUUUGAGGUGAAUGAGCUUUUGGUUUUAGAGACACGUCCACCGUUUGUUGGAACAAACCUAAUCUGUGAGAUCUGCUCACCCUGCGAGGUAAAUCCUGGAUUAGAGAAUCACAAUCGGACGCCACCUUUUGGAGCUAACAUUUGGACCUGGCCGCCCCCCUUUUACGAUACAGAGACUGAAAAUAGUUGAUAAAUGAACCGAUUGGAUUUGGCACAUAGAGACAACACUAAUCGUUUAGCAGGGUUGGACUCCGGGGAUUCGGAGGAACAUCCGGGGCAGAUAGAUUAGAGAUUACCCUCCUACCUUAACCCUGAUGGAAUAGCACACUGGGGUCCUGAGCAACUCCCUCUGAAGCCCCUGCUCCUCUCCCCUGCUCCGGUACAAGAGAAAAGGGAAGUUAAAACUUAGAGUCCCCGCGACUGCAACUUAAAUCAACCUGAUUUUGCCGACUGGUUGACUCCUUGGCCUAUUUGACUGACUGGCUACCUGAUUCGUUCACAGACUGUUUGCGGGCUGACAGUAAUUCACGGAGUCUUCCUGCAGAUCUCCGCGUUUCAGCACGGGAGAACGUUUCCUCAGUCAGUCAGCAAGAGGAGGCCAGGGAUCAUGCGCCAGACAUCAAACAGGCUCACAGACAGUGGAUGUGUGGUCUCGCUGCCUGGUAGAAAUGUAAGAAACGUGGCUUAUCUUUUGGUUUUCUUUUUGGGGGGGGGGGGCUGGUUUUAAGUACUAAAAGACAAAAUGAAUUGACCCACUACAUGAACUUUGACUCCCUUACAGGACAGCACAUGCACGACUUGUGUCAAAGGUCCCACAAGCCAAUUUCAUGUCCGUUUGUUAGUUUAUGUUGUUAUCAUUUCGACAAGUUUCUUUUUUUUUUUUUAUAUAUAUUUUUUUGUAACGUUUGAUUUCUACCCAGUUUGUGUGUUGGUGCGUGUUUGUGUGUGUGCGUGUGCGUGUGCGUGUGUGUGUGUGUGUGUGUGUGUGCUGAUGACGAUGAUGCGUGUGGUGGUGUAUCCGUGUGAACUGACCUGGGGUCUGUAUUACAGCCAGUUUGUACCUUCUCUGCAGAGGGAAGGGGGGAUUCAGGAGGUAAAAGGAAUAAAAAAAAUGUGGACCGACGGACUCGUAACGCUCCGUGCAAGAGAAUCGGACUUUAUGGACUUCGCUGCGAAUCUUCCGCUAACUGUUUCGUCGCUUUAGAGCCUCUAACUCUCAAUGCAAUGGCUGAUGUCUCCCGUUCUGAAGUGACGACCCCCCCUCCGACCCCUCAGCGACGGCACAUGAGCGAGGAAACCACUAUGUUGCGGUGCAUUCUGGAUCCGUUGGGUUCGAGGAGGCGUCUUCCGUGUUCGAAUUACUUCCUUCGCUUUGCGGAGGACGCUCCCCGCUUUUUUUCAUUUCUACUUUGGUUCUCCUGUUCUGUUGGUUUGAUGGAAACGAAAAAUUGCAUGUCUCUGUUUUUGCCACUUAGUGAAAAAAAAAAAGAAAAGAAGUUUAAAGUUUAAAAAAAAAAAAUGAAAUGAAACAUUUUGAAACUUUGGUUCAGAUCUGCAUCGUUUUAACUGAACCUUUUCGGUUUCAGGGGGAACAUUCCCACAGAAAAACUCCAGGAGGGGGUUUCAUUGUUUUGCAUUUCUUUCCUUUCUGUCAUGCAAGAAAUCAGCUCUUAAUAUCAUAUUUUUGGUUAUAUGUUGAAUAGUUUUCCCUAAAUAGAGGAAAGAAGUAUAUAUAAGUAUAUAUAUAUAAAAAUUUAUCAGCAGCAGAGGUUGCUGAUUUAGUGAAAUACCACAGGGUACUGGACUAUAAUCUGUCAGAAGCUAUAAUCAUAUUUCUUUGUGGUUCUGAUGGUGUAACUGAAACCCAUCUUUUUUUUUCUUUUUUUUUUUUCUGAUGGUGUGUGUGUGUGUGUGCGCGUGUACGUGUGUGAGGAGGGGAGGGAGUGUGAUAAAAGAUCGGCAGGUUAGAAUUCCUCUCUGGCCCGUUUUGAAAGCGAAAAGGAAAAAACAAAAACAAAAAAUCCCUCAUCGCUUUCUUCUUCAGUGACACUUUUCAGGCAGAGCGAAGGCAAAACCCCCGAGUUUACACAGACAUAAAACUCCACCUGGCUUCACCUUCAGCUUCUCCUCCCCCCACUUUGUUUUGUACAUCUUUUUUUUCCCUUCGGCGCGACCCUCGGAGAAGCAUUUUGUCAUCGUGGUGCGGGAUUUUCCAGAACCUUCGGACGCUCCUCUGUCAAACGUCUGCCUCGUGAUAUCAUGGAUUCUUAAUCUGUUUCCCUCGAUGGAACACAGAUCAUAGUCAGGAAUUCUGUAUUGGUAACGGCUGAUUUUACAGGUCCGGGGUUUUACUAAUGAUUUCCAUUAAGUUUUCCGGAGAGAACUUUGUCAUUUUCAGUGGUGGGAAGUAUUUACUCAGGCACUGUGCUUAAGUAGAAUGUUGAGGUACUUGUACGUAUGUUUGUUUGGAAGCUAAUUUAUACUUUUACUCCACUACAUUUCAGAGGAAAACGUUGUACUUUUUACCCAUCUACAUUUAUUUGAAAUACUUUUGUUGCUACUUCUACCUGAGUAAAGGAUCCACAGACUUCCACCACUGGUAACUUUGGUGUUAGUUACAGGGAAAAUGGAGAUGUGUGUUCGGUCGGCACGGUUCUGAUCAUUUAACUUCAGUCAACUGCUGACAUAACCCAGAGAGUGUUUUAACCAGGACACCGCAGCCUUUCUUUAAUAUAAAUAGAACAAAUCUUUUUUUCCCUCUAGUAAGAACCAAACCAAAUAGUUCUUCCUCAUCGUCCUCCCUAGAAAUCAUCUGGAAAAUUACAGAUCUGUUAAAUGAGGCGUUGCAACCAACGCAUCUCCUUGUUCAACUUGUAACAAACUAAAAACUUGUUUUCACUCACAUCGUCCAUAUUAAUGUUACUUUCAGUUAUUUGGUGCAUUUCGACGCCAAAAUGCGUCUCUAUUGUUCUUGUGUUGUACAAAAAGCCCGGAUGAAUCUUUUUUUUUUUUUUCUCAUGCAGCUGACGGAAUAAAUUUUGAUCCGGAUGGACAGAGGAGUCGUUUUAUCUGUUCAGGAAAAUAACUUCAAACCUGCGUUGAGUGCUGUUGUUAAGCGCCGACGGGAUUUAACGUUCAGACCGUCAAAAACUGAGGCUGGUUCACGGGCGGGUACAAACCGCUCCUAGCACAGUUACACAGCCUAGGUGCUGAAGUCAUGUUUCAGCAAGUAAAAAGGGUCCAGCAGGGACGAAAUGCAGACUUUUUACUGUGUUGUCGCCGACAGUUAAGGAUGAAAUGGUGAAUUCACUGGGAAGUUCCAGUACUUUGCCGUAUUUUUACGCGUAUUCGCACAAAACCGCUGCCCCGAUGGUUUCAGACACUUUUUUUUUUUAAAUCCAGAUUUACCGUUUUCUUGAAUGUCUCUCUGUGUACGUUUUUUUUGCGCUGCGGUUUCGAGCCGCUGCUAAUUACACAGACUUGGGUUAACUUCCCCUCGCGACCUUCUGCGGUGCCACCACGUCAUUCCCAGAACUCGGCAUCCGUGAAACGGAUCGGUUUGUGUUGCCACGGCCUAGCGAAGGCUGGAGGGGAUCUGCCCGGCUCUCCUCAGAGAACGGACGGACAAACGGCGAAUAACUUGAAACGCAACAUUUGUUUCCCGCCGUUUCUAAAAAGUUCCAAAGAGAACCUGAAAAGUGUCAGCGAUGUGGGAUGAAUCCAUUUAUAGAAAACUGUUGAGCGAAGGUCCGUCCCAUUUCAGACAUGUCUCCUGUGUCCUCACUCCUGAUAAGGUCAUUGAGAUUUAAGCUUUUCCCUUUUCUUUGUUAAUUUAGUUUUAUUUAACUGUGGAUAUGAGUUUUACCUCAGAAAACCCAGUUUAUUUUCCACUGCCACUGAACCAGUUGGUUCUACCGGUAAUAAAUGACCAGAUUUUCAUCGUUGAAAUGAUUGAUUAAGCAAAUUUACCAGACAUUUGCUGGUUCUACCUCAUCAAUGUGAGGAUUUGCCGCUUUUUGCUGUUUUAUAUAAUAUUAGAUUUUAAUAAUUUGGGGGGUUGGACUGUUGUUUGGACAAACAAGCUAUUGGAAGACGUCACCCUGGCCUCUGGGAACUUUUAAUUUGCUAAAUUAAUGAUAAAUGGAUGGUGAAAACAGCUGUCGGUUGUUUCCCUGCUUCCCACAACUUUGACUUGGAAUUUUUUUUUUUUUUCCCAGAAAAAAAGGUUAUCAGACGCAAACUUUGAAGGACAGAAAAGGAACGAGGCCAGCGCCCCAACGUAGAGAAUAAUUUUCGAUGCUAAUUCGAGGAAAAGGUCGUACUGAAGGGAAAGGAGUCUGUCUUAACAUGGCCAGAAAAUUAAAUUUAGCGGAAUCUAAAGGGCACUUUGAAGGGGACACAUGUCUGGAACGGGACCCGCUGCAGACAAAUGAGAGAUCAUUUUCCUCUGGGAUGUGAAUGAGGGGCUGAAGGGCGUGUUAGAGGGGAUAAAUAUUCAGAAUGGAACGUAGCCAAAAGCCCGUUUUAAGGUUUUAUGCUGUUGGACUGAAGAGGACAUUGAAGGGCGCGAACGGCAAGUGGAACAGAGCCAAGAGCAUCCUGAUGCACAAACUCAAGUUUU